AUGCACGAUCCGCUCGAAUCGCAGCCAUCCUCACAACAAGAACACCCUCAAGCAUCUGAACCACCACGGCCACCACAACCACGAUGCCGCCGCGUGGCCGUGAUUGGUGCCGGACCGGCCGGAGCGAUUGCCACCGACGCCCUCGUCAAGGAGCAGGCGUUUGAUGUUGUCCGCGUGUUUGAGCGGAAGACGCAGCUCGGUGGAACAUGGGUGUACGAUCCAGCCAGUCUGGCGACGCCAAGGCCUGCCAUUCCGUCGGUGCGAGCCUUGCUCAACGGCACAGCCGACCGUCCCGUCGAUGUUCCGACCGCUUUGAGUUUAACUGCUGCCGGGUCUCCUGUCGAGACGGAGCACAGCGACGCCGUCAAUGCACCGUCUCGCCGGUACGCCGAAACGGGCGUGCACGACGGCCUGCACAGCAACCUGCCGCCCCAGACCAUGUCGUUUACGCAGGAGCCGAUCCCGGCGGUGGUGUCCGAGCAUGCACGCGCGCAGUACGGAGCCCAUGCGCCGUUCCGCCACCGCGAGGUGAUCCGGCGCUGGGUGGAGGGCAUCUUUGCGGCGGGCGACCACCGGCCGCUUGUGUCUCUGGGGACGUACGUGGAGCGUGCGGAGAAGCGAGGAGCCGAGUGGGUGUUGACGCUGCGUGCGGAGACGGUGCCGAGCAACAAACGCAGCACCAGCAAGCCGAAGCCGGUCGAAGCGGUCAACACGUGGUGGCACGAGACGUUUGACGCCGUGGUGGUCGCGUCCGGCCACUAUUCGCUGCCGUAUCUGCCUCCGAUCGCGGGCCUGGCCGAGUACGACGAAGCCUUUCCGGGGCGCAUUCGGCACAGCAAGCAUUUCCGAAACGCCGACGACUUCGCGCACAAGCGCGUGAUUGUGGUCGGCGGAUCGGUGUCGGCGUUUGAUGCGCUGCACGCGAUCCGGCGCGUGGCCCAGCAUCCGGUGGUGGCGUCGCUGCGGCAGCCGCUGGCGGCGUUUGGCUGGCCGGCGUUUACACACCGGCACGUGGACAUUCGGCCGCCCAUUGUGCAGUUCCAUGCGGACACGGGCCGCAUCGACUUUGCCGACGGGUCGUCUGUGCAGGAGGUGGACGUCGUGCUCUUUGCGACGGGCUACGACUUUUCGUUUACGUUCUUGGCGGAGGCCGGGGGCGCCGCUGUCGACGUUGCCGUCAAGAACAGGCGCAUCCAGGGCCUCUACCAGCACGUCUUUUGCCGGGCCGACCCUUGUCUGGCGUUUGUCGGCAUGGUCGCCGGCGGGCUGACGUUCCGCGUGUUUGAGUGGCAGGCGGUGGCAGCGGCGCGUGUAUUCGCCGGUCGGGCGGUGCUGCCUUCGCAUGAGGAGAUGCGCCAGUGGGAAGCCGACACCGUUGCGGCGCGUGGUGACGGCGUGCGCUUCUUCAACGUUGCACCGGACUUUGCCGACUACUUUGACGGCCUGCGCCGUUUGGCCGGCGACCCAGCACCAGGCACGACGGGCCGCGUCCUGCCGCCGUUCCAGCAACAGUGGGCGGACGCAUUCAACGACGUGGUCGCGCUGCGACUCGCCUGGUGGGAGAGGGAACGGCGAAAGGCGGAGGCAGCGAUGGCAACGACGGCAACGAAGGCGUCGCAGUGGCUGUCCGCCGGCUUCCGCAGGGCCGCUGGCGUGCACCGUCUGGACAUACUGGGCAACUUGGUGGCGGUACUCAUCCAGCGGCUGGAACUGCGCUGGAUCAAUGGCAAUGACGGUGAAGCCAAACUGCUCGAGGGUGGGCGGAAACGCAGGUGCCCCGGCCAGGACGCCAAACAGCUGGACGGCGGCCGCCAGCCCAGAGCCCUUGUAGCCGCCCCAGGGAGCAAUGGCGCCGCCGCGGAAGACGGCCGCUGGGUCGGUAGUUGGCUGGCCGUCGGCGUCAAAAGCAGUGCCGACGGGCAGCGGCGUGCCAAGGCGCUGGGCAAGGACGACGUCGGCGUGCAGCAGCUGGGCGGUGGCCAUGUCGAGGAUGAUGGGCGUUGGUGUCGUCGUCCUGCUGGCUGCGUCCGCGGCAAACGCACCCGGAAAGCCGAUGCAAAGCGGAUUCGUGCCGUGGACACCCGUGGUGCCCCCAUGCGCCGCGACCCAGGGCGUCGAGCUGGCCGUCACGAGCGCCACCAGAUCCUCGGCGGCGGCCAUCUCGGCAUAGUACGACAGCAUGCCCGUGGUCCACGUGUUGUUGGCCGUGACGAUGGCGAUGCCGUGCUGCUUGGCCUUGGCAAUGGCCAGUUCCGUCGCGCGCUGGCCGACGAGGUAGCCAAACGCGUCCUGGCCGUCGAUGUGGGCGAGGACGGCCGUGUCCUUGGUCACCUUGCACGCCUCGACGAUGACCGGGUGAGGCCCAUUCGCGUCCUUUGUCGUCGGGCGGCCGUGCAGCCGCUCGCGCACGGCCAGGAUGCGCGCAAGUCCGGCGCUGGCGUAGCCUCGCAGCUCGCUGUCGAUGAGAUGUGCCGCGAUCGUGUCGGCGGCGGCCGGGCUGUAGCCUGUGUGGACGAGCACGGCGUGUGCCAGGCCGGUGGCUUCGUCGAUGGUGAGCUUCAUGGUGUGAACUGA